AACACGCUUUACUGAACUUCAGUUUUACAAUUUAACGUCGAAUUACGCGAUACCUCGAUCUUUUCACGGCAGCCUACUUUUCGACACGUUGACGACCCUAUCUCGUGAAAGGUUAUGGCAGUGUUUGCGUAUUCUGAUUACUUUGCUGCUGAGUGUCUGGUGUCCAUAUCUAGUGGACCAGUCCUACAUCGCCCUACCCCUGUUCCCCCCAACACAUUGGGGCCCCUGGACCUCUCCCUUGGGGAAACGGAGGGGUCGAGGGAGGACAGAGAAGUUCGUGACACAUUGAAAGACGGGGCUAUCACUGCGGCAGGGAUUCUAACCGGUCUCCAUGGAAAGUUUCGACCCAUGUCGGUCAACUCCGAGAGCAGCAACUCAUCCGAUAACUUCUCGUGUGGGGAAAGCGGCUACACCACGCUGUCUGAUUCUACUACUGCGACCCCCAACAUGACCCCCUCCGCCACACCGACGCCCAGUGUUCAGAGAGGACUAUUAAACGGAUCGCCGAAUUUAAAGCGACAUCACUGCACAUUCAGCGGUUGUGAUCGAGCAUACGGCAAAUCAUCGCAUCUUAAAGCACAUAUGAGAACACAUACAGGUGAGAGGCCAUUCCCCUGCUCAUGGGCCGACUGUGGUAAGAGGUUUGCACGUUCCGACGAGCUGGCGCGCCACAUCAGGACCCACACAGGCGAGAAACGCUUCCUGUGUCCCCUGUGUGACAAGCGCUUCAUGCGCAGUGACCACCUGGUCAAGCACGCGCGUCGCCACCCAGGCUUCAAGCCCUCCAUGAUUGCUCGCAAGGGUGUCCGGGAGGACAGCGUGAAGGUGGAGACGGAUACAGUUGCCCUGGAUUUGGGGCACCAGGUCCCAUUCAUCCAUUUAUCCUAAAAAUAAUGAUGUCCAUGGAGACCAAUAGACUGAGUGCAUUCUUUAUAGGGAACAACAGAACUCCUCACAUAGGUGUUGUUGUUCUGUAAUUGUGGAUUUUUUGGAUAUUAUACAGUGGAAUGGUAUGCACAUGUAGACUUGUUAUGUAGUAUCAGUAUUCUGUUGAUUACAUAGUGGUAAAUUGUUUUAAAUAUUCCUGUCUAAGCACAUAGCUUUUGCAGUAGAUGUAAUAAGAGUAAUGCUGCUCUGUUAAUAGCAUUUUAGCCCCCUAUAUUAGGUUUGUUCUAAAGAGAAAUGCUCUACUUUGGUGGAGUUAUAGCUAGCUAAAGGUUGAUGGAUAUCUGUCAAUAUUAAAUACUAGCUCUUUCCAGCAUCUAAAUGCUUUGUAGUAGUAUCACACAGGAGUCUAGCAGGAGGUACCUCUUUCAUUGAUGCUUACACCUUAGAAUGGCACCAUCGUGGUCCUGUGUGUGUGCAAUUGCAAAAAAAAGUAAUAAUAAGUUCAGGGUGCAAUAGAAACAUUUAAAAUUGAUCUGUUUUUGAUGGUGUAUCAGUUUUCAUAUAGCUGCUGUUUUUUUCCUGCUUUACUUGUGGUUGGAGGAAGCAAAGGACUGUAGGACUAACCCUAGGUACACUAUAGUCAACAUCCGAGGUCCAAGUGCUUCAUCAAGUGCGAUAAAGGACUGCCUUAAUUAAUGGAAAGGAAUCAGAUCGAAGCUUUCAGACCUAUUUGUGGGGUAAGGUAAACGCACAAAUCUUUCAGGGAAUGUUUGCCUGCCUCUAAUCCCAUGACAACUCAACUGCCUGUUGAUGUUUUGGUCCUAGCCAACUGAAAAACAGCUGGUUGUGAAAUGCGUGGUCUCUGCUAUACCUGAGAAAUUGUAACCUUUCUGUUUUGCCCAUUUUAAGACCAUGUGAUGGUCAGAUAGAAAAAAACCUAAAAAGUGGUUGCGUGGGUAUUGUACCUUGUUUGGCUGUGCCUAGCUCAAAUACUGCCACCGCCCCCUUCACAAAAGAAAAGAGGCGUAGACAGCCUCUUGAUAAGGUCACCACUAGGGGGCGUUGUCUGCUGCUGUCAAAAGAGAAGCUCUGUCUUCCCAUUUUAUGUGAUUCAAUCCCAGCUGUAUCUAAAAUUUCCCCCAAAAUACGGCUGUUUCGAUGUGCUUCCUUUGCAACAUUCAAUGUUUGGAUAUUUUUGUAUAGAUGCAUGUAGUUUUAUUUUGAGAAAGACAUGUUUACAUGGUAUUUUUCUCGCAACGUAUGUUUAGUAGCUGGUGCCCCAAACACACAUCAAAAUGCUGUGUCUGACUGUCCUAUGAGGGGAACAAUUGAAUUGGCUUGAAGAGGUUACAAUGGCUGGUAUGGGAGAGAUUUUUAUCCCCCAAGUUUCUUGUUCGUAUAUUUGGGGUUCGGUUCAGUAUGUUUCUUUUGGGGCCGUCUUUGCCCUGAUUUAUACUGUGUUCUAUACGCUGUGCUCUAUUUCACUGAGGACUAGGUAUAGGCCUGGAACCGCAUCACAUUUUGAAACGGCAUUCAAAGUUCAAUAUCAGUUAAAGUCUGUUCUAAAUUAUUAGUAUAGGCUCUCAGAUCCCCUCCGGUUUCUGCUCUCAGACAGCUGGUCAUUUGAGAGGAACAAAGCCAUGUGUUAUACCAAAUGUGAAUGGUGUCACGCCUAAUCGUAAUCUGCAAAGCCUCUGUCUUUAGUGCCUUACAAAGGACCUGUUACUCGUUAAAACAACACAGUGUUACAUACUUUCAAAUAAAUAUUUGCCACAGGCAAGCCUUUUAUAUGAACAUCCCAGUUCUAGUUGGAGGAUGCAGUAACUGCACUCCAGAUUGAGGGUAAUCUUUAAAAGAUGCAGAUCAUUGUUUGUUUACCUUGUGUUACGCAUUGUAGGGAACAUCUCAGACUUGUGGUACAGUAAACAUUCUUUCAUCUAUAAGUGACCCAUUCCAUACGACCAUUUACCUCAUAGAGAGGACACUUUUUUUUUUUUUUGGUUCUUCCUGUAAUUGUCACAUCAUGGACGCCUUUGGUUCUCAGGGUUGAUGUGUGCUGUGUCCUUAGUUUAUUGCUUCUUUUUAUGAACCUCGUUUAUAUUCUUGUUUGUUUUUUCUUUUCAACUUUAAUAUUGUGGUUUGUAUAUACUCUAUAGUACAUAGUUUCUGUCAGAAACAACAAAAACAAGAUAUUUUGUAAGCAAUAAUAAAAUAAAUAUGUUUUAA